CUUUUGAAACCAGAGAUGUCUGGAGGGGGGGUGGAGGUCCUGAUGGAGGGGGGGGUCCCGGUAAAAAGACCACUGUUCAGUAUCUUGAGGCUAUAUGACCUCAGCGGACACAAUCGUGUCCUCAGUGUGAACACGCAGGACGAUGGAGGGACCGUACAAGUACGCCAGGGACGGGAGCGGCAAGCUGAGCCGGGUCGUCCGGGUGGGAACACGCAAGAGCCAGGUUUCUGCUGCUCUGCUCCUCAGCUGGCUCGCAUCCAGACGGACAGCGUGGCGGACAAGCUGAAGGAGCUCUUCCCCGAGCUCUCCUUGGAAAUAGUCGCCAUGUCAACCCUCGGAGACAAAAUCCUCGACACGGCCUUGUCAAAGAUCGGAGAGAAGAGUUUGUUCACCAAAGAGUUGGAGAACGCUCUGGAGAGGAACGAGGUCGACCUGGUGGUCCACUCCCUCAAAGACCUCCCCACCACGCUGCCAGCAGGCUUCACCAUCGGGGCCGUGCUGAAGAGAGAGAACCCCCAUGAUGCAGUGGUGCUGCACCCCAAACACGUGGGCAAAACUCUGGAGACGCUCCCAGAGAACAGUGUGAUCGGCACCAGUUCACUGCGCCGCGCCGCCCAGCUGAAGAAGAGGUUCUCCCACCUGCUGUUCAAAGAUAUCCGAGGGAACCUGAACACGCGUCUGAAGAAGCUGGACGAGAAGGAGGACUUCGCCGCCAUCAUUCUGGCGGCCGCCGGCCUCGGGAGGAUGGGCUGGGAGAACCGGAUCGGUCAGGUCCUCGGACCGGAGGACUGCAUGUACGCCGUGGGACAGGGCGCUCUGGCGGUGGAGGUUCGGUCCAGAGACGUCGACAUCCUGGAGAUGGUGUCCGUCCUCCAUGACCCAGAGACGGUGCUGCGCUGCAUAGCUGAGAGAGCUUUCCUCAGACACCUGGAGGGCGGCUGCAGUGUUCCGGUGGCCGUACACACCGAACUAAAGAACUCCCAGCUCUACCUGACGGGGGCGGUCUACAGCCUGGACGGAUCAGACAGCCUGAAGGAGACCAUGCAGACCAGCGUUGCUGCUGAGGACAAGAGCUCAGACGCGGUGGACGAGCGGGUCCAGCACGUUGGCGUCACGGCCACCAGGAUCCCGGGGGAAGCCCAGGACGGCGCCGAGCGCCUGGGGGUGGACCUGGCCAAGCUCCUGCUGAGCAAAGGGGCCAAGGAGAUCCUGACGGUGGCCCGGCAGCUCAACGACGCCAGAUAGUCCCAGACCGGGUCCUCGAGGGCCGCCGGCCUCGGCCGUGCGCGUCCAAGUAUAAUUAUUUUUAUUUUCUAUGUUAAUCUUUUUUGAGGUUGCGUUGCCGACGAACCGGUUUGAACCGGCACUCUGGACCCAAGCUGUGCUCGUUCCUGUUCUCCUUAGUACCUCAUGGAACCAUCUCCAGGUGGAGAACCCGUCACAAAGUGGCCUUCAGACGUCCUCGUCAGCACUUGAGCUCCACCGGAUGGUUUCCUUUUCUUUUUUUUAAAUGCAUAUGAGAGUUGUGUCAUAAAAAAACGUGUUGCAGCUAAAAAUUCUGUAUUUUAAAUAUAAUAUAAGUUGAUUCAGCAAAAAACAACAACAACACAAACUGACCACCAGCAGGAGACCAGCAGCUCCUGAGAGGUUACAAUGAAUGUGUGUCAAUGGAGUCUGGUGUCAUUAAACUUCCUCUCCUGUAGUCAACACCUCUAAGCUUCUGAACCUCUGGACCUCUGAACCUCUGGACCCCUGAACCUCUGAGCUUCUGAACCUCUGAGCUUCUGAACCUCUGAGCUUCUGAACCUCUGAACCUCUGAACCUCUGGACCUCUGAACCUCUGAGCUUCUGAACCUCUGAGCUUCUGAACCUCUGAGCUUCUGAACCUCUGAACCUCUGAGCUUCUGAACCUCUGAGCUUCUGAACCUCUGAGCUUCUGGACCUCUGAACCUCUGAGCUUCUGAACCUCUGAGCUUCUGAUUCUCUGAGCUUCUGGUUGCAUCCGACGCUCUGAAAGGUUCAUGAACCGGCUUCAGGCUGAAACGUUUUAAAGUUAAAGUCUCGUUCAUGCAGAAGCUUCUUGAAGCUCUUUUGCAUUCAACAAACUAAACUGAACAUAAUUCUGGCUUCUGUAUCUCAUAAUUAUCUCAUAGUUUUCUUGUAAUUUCCAGAUAAAGACGACUGUAAUUUAGAUUUUGUGUCAUAUUAACAUCCACAUCUCCUAUUUAUGGCAUCUUUAUCUUUUAGCUCUUAUGGUAAAUACUUAGAAUCUCACAAUUAUGUCGUGGUUUCUUUAACAUUCGAGAUAUGGACGUCCUAAUUAAGAGAUGCAUAAGUCAUGAUUAUGUGUGUAAUUUGGUGGAUGCAGUGCAUGUCUUUCGAGUUCAAGCUAGUUUUUAUACAAUAAACCAAUAAAUCUGCUGUAAUGUCGUCAUGUAAGAAGCAGAAGUUUUAUCAAAGUGCCGCCUCGUGAAUGUUUUUUCUGCCUCAGUUUAUGUUGUGUGACUUUUUUUAUUUUAGUUGUGAAUGUGAAUUUUUGAUAUAUAUAUAUAUUUCAUUCACAUUUGUUUUCUUGCCUCUGAUGUGAACAUCUUGUCAAAUUAAAACCACUGACGUCUAGAAA